UCUUCAGAGCAGUGCUGAGAGCAAAGCUCCUGCUCGGACCGUGAGUGCGAGAGAAAGGGGGAGAGGGACACGCACUCGUACCUACGAGAGCUCGGGGCUGUGAUCCUGAGACACAAGUGCAUCUGCUAGCUGUUAGCACUUGGCAGAGGGUUUGCUCCUCCAGGGUAGCUCUAACUUUGGGUAAUAAUGUUUGUCAGCUACCUGAUACUAACGCUGCUCUGCUUUCAAACAGCAGUGUUAGCAAGACCUGGGGGUGAGAGCAUUGGCUGUGACGACUAUCUGGGUUCUGACAAGGUGAUUGACAAGUGUGGAAUAUGUGGAGGGGACAACACUGCUUGCAAGGUUGUGUCUGGAGUUUUCAAACACACGCUAACAAAUCUUGGCUACCACAAGAUAGUGGAAAUUCCUGAAGGAGCUACUAAAAUCAACAUUACUGAGAUGUCAAAGAGCAACAACUAUUUGGCCCUGCGGAGCCGCUCGGGACGCUCCAUCAUCAACGGCAACUGGGCCAUCGACCGCCCGGGCAGGUACGAGGGCGGAGGGACCAUGUUCACCUACAGGCGCCCCAACGAGAUCUCCAGCACCGCCGGGGAGUCCUUCUUAGCUGAUGGGCCAACAAAUGAAGUCCUUGAUGUCUAUAUGAUACAUCAGCAGCCUAACCCGGGUAUACAUUAUGAAUAUAUCAUUCCAGGAGACAAUGUCAUUAGUCCUCAGUUGAUUGCUCACAGGAGGCCAGGGGAGCCAUUGAAUGGUCAGUUAGGAAUGGCAGAAAGUACAAGUCGUGAGGAUGAGGAUUUGCAUAGAGAGACAGACAUUCUCACUGGACAGUCAGCUGGAACUUUUCCAGUUAUUCAUCCAGGAAGAUUUCCUUCUCAUCAGCCAGAAAAUCAGGUGCCUGCUAUGCAACCACCAAGACAAAACCGAGAACACAACUGGAAACAGGUUGGAAAAACUGAGUGCACUACUACAUGUGGGAAAGGAUCACAGUACCCAAUUUUCCACUGCGUCAACAGAAUCACUCAUGAGGAGGUGCCCGAGGGUUACUGUGACAGCAGCACCAAACCCAUUCCAGAAGAGGAGGCCUGCAACCUCUUCCCAUGCCCAGCUUUCUGGGAUAUCGGGGAGUGGUCUGAGUGCAGCAAAACCUGUGGGCUGGGAAUGCAGCACCGGCAGAUCCUGUGCCGGCAGAUCUACGCCAACCGCACGCUGACGGUGCAGCAGUACCGCUGCCAGCACCUGGAGAAACCCGACACCACCAGCACCUGCCAGCUCAAGAUCUGCAGCGAGUGGCAGAUCAGGACAGAGUGGACCUCAUGUUCGGUGCCCUGUGGAGUGGGGCAGAGGACUCGAGAUGUGAAGUGUGUCAGCAACCUUGGGGACGUUGUGGAUGAUGAGGAGUGUAACAUGAAGCUGCGGCCAAACGACAUCGAGAACUGCGACAUGGGCCCCUGCGCCAAGAGCUGGUUCCUCACAGAGUGGAGUGACAGGUGCUCGGCCGAGUGCGGGGACGGGGUCCGCACGCGCUCCGUGGUGUGCAUGACCAACCAGGUCAGCAGCCUGCCCCUGGAGGGCUGCGGCAACAACCGGCCCGCCGAAACGACGCCCUGCCACAACGGGCCCUGCGCCGGCAAGGUGGAGUGGUUCGCUGGCGGCUGGACACAGUGCUCUACUGAAUGUGGUAGUGGAACUCAACAGAGAGAAGUUAUUUGUGUUAGGAAAACUGAAGGUAAUUUUGAUGUUUUGAACCCCUAUGAAUGUUCAUAUUUGGAAAAGCCUCCCAGCCAGCAAUCCUGCUACCUCAAACCGUGUGGAUCUAAAUGGUUUCAUACAGAAUGGAGCACAUGUUCCAAGUCCUGUGAAGGAGGAUUUCGGGUUCGAGAGGUGCGGUGUCUGUCGGAUGACAUGGCAGCCAGUACUCAGUGUGAUCCACAGCUCAAACCUGAAGAGAAAGAACCCUGUAAUACACAGGAUUGUGUCCCUGAAAUAGAUGAGAACUGCAAGGAUAAAUACUACAACUGCAACGUGGUGGUCCAGGCGCGGCUGUGUGUGUACACCUAUUACAAGACAGCGUGCUGUGCCUCCUGCACCCGUGUGGCAAACAGGCAGCCGAGCUUCCUGGGGCGCAGAUAACAGACCCUGCCCUGCCCACAGCACCGCCGGCGCUCUCACACCCGGCUCGGCAGCGCUGCUUUCCUGCGGCAGCUGCGCCUUGGAGAUGGGGUUUAUCUGCCUGAGGGCAUCAGCACCAUGGUUAAAUCUCACACCCUUCCAGUUACAGUUAGUGUGCAGUUAUCUCUUUUAGGAUGUUUGCUGUAAAAUCAUGAUUUUUUUAAAGCAUUCGUUUUUAAUGAUACUAUUAUUUGCACCUGCUCAUCGGAUAACUAUUUAAGGAACGUACUGGCCUAAAGAUUGUGAAAUUAAUGAAAACUAAAAUCAAUUGCAGCCAAUUACUGGAGAUAAUUGACCAGUAUGGAUGCAGCUGCUCCAUUAUUUUCUGAGUUCUUACUUUUACUUGGUAUUUUGGACUGCCUUAAGUUAGAGGACUAAAUCAAUGAAAUGUGCAUGAGAAAAAUGACUUCCCAAAGAACCAGACCCUUGAAAAACAUUUGUCAUCAGUUUCCGAGCACUCUAACAUAUAUUUUUAAGUACUUCAGUCCAUACAUAAUAAAUCAGAGUCACUGUUAAGCUCUUUCAGUUGUCGUUUUAACUGAUGUCCAGUCCUUAGGCAGCAAAUAUAUACACUCUUGGCUACCAGAAGGUGCCUUUAUAUUUAAUUCAUAAACUCAUGAAGAUACACUUCUAUAGUUUUGUAUGGAAUUUAAAAUACGUUCCCAGCAGAGUGACACUAGUGUCUGGCUCUUUAAGUCUUUAACAGCUGCAGCUGUCAGGGGACAGGUUAACCAGAAAGGUGAAGAGCCUUUGCUGGUAUGAAAAGUGAUUGUUUCCAUUGGUGAGGUCUCUUUUCUGUAGGGGACUUAUUUCAGAACUGGGAUCUUGCCUAAUUCUUGUCACUGCACUAUUGUUUAACAACUGCCAAACCAAAGUACUCUGUUCAGACCUAGUCUGGAUACGUCUCCAGUUUCUGAAACAACCACCAAAGGACAGAGGUCUGUGUGCCUUACAGCAGUCUGUUACUCUUGGUAUCAGGCAGCAGUAUGAGUCCAGUAGCUGAGUAUCUGUAAAAAGAGAUCUUAGCUAUUGACAUUCUUCAGGUUUUGAUCAAUUAUUGCAACAUACUUGUCUUUUUUUCCUCAAUAUUUCAUUGCACAGAUCUAUUCUUACCACUCCUUUUCUAUUACUCAAGAAUGGCUGCAGACUUAGAGCUGAAUUUAAGUGGUGAUUUUUCAUUUCUGCAAUUACUGUACUCGGCCUUGAGACUUGCUAAAAGCAAAUAGUAUACUAUGCAGUGCAGAUGAGGUUUUACAUUAUCUGCAUGUUCUCUAGCCUUUAUUUGAGAGGUCUUUCAAAGGUGUAAAUAAGGCUAAGGGGAAAAAACCAAAAAGCUAAGGAGAAAAAAAUAAACACCUCUGCUUAUUCAGCUGUUUAUUAUAGCAUAUUGCUUGUAAAUUAGUGGUGCCCGUCUAUGCAUCUGUUCCUAGGGUGCCUGAUGUUGAAGUUGUAAAACAGCUGUAAUAAUCUGUGUUCGGUCACUCCCAGAGGUGUGGUUGAGGUGUCCUGCCACUGAUGCAGAGCCAUGUCUGGGCCUCGUUGUGUGUCCUUUUCUUCUUACUGCUGGGAGGUGAAGAUUGCAGGGUGUGGAACCAGUCACAUCAUUUUGUGUGCUGGGAGCCACAGGAAGGUGGAAUUCCUGUAGUCUGAAAGGUGCCUUGCAUUGAGGUUAACUUUUGAAUGUUUGGAUUGGGUUACUCUUGAAAAACAUAUUUUGGACAUGGUGAACUAACACUGUUUGGCUACAUGAAAUGAAGAAGUGCUUCCCCUAAAAUUUGGUGGUACUCUUUGUGACUAUAAAUUGCUACAGAUCAGCCAAAAUGUCAUAGGCUGUUUCUGUACACUUUGACUUGGGCUUUUUCACUGUAAAUAAUAUACAUAAAAUUGUUAGAAACUCUAAUUAGGAAACUCCUAAUUCAAGUUCAUGAAUCUUUCACAGUCCUCCUGUUCCCUUGUAUUACAAAGAUUUAUCCACAAAGAUAACUUACAGAUUUGUAAUCAUAUUAUGUUCCUUAGAUUCUUGACCAAAGAAUGAUAUGGAUAAAGUGCAGUGUAAAUAGCUCUGGAAUCCAGUACUUCUGAAUACAGAUUUUCAUCUGUGUGUCUCAUUGCAGCUAAUCUUGACAUACAUUAUAUAAUUUUUGCUGUUGUCUCUUUCGUCCCAAGGAAGUGUUUCCUGUCAGCUAGAGGGAAAUACCUGUUCCAUAAAAAGGGUUCCUGAAAACCCCAAGGCGAAUGAGAUGCAGAGAAAAUCUGGUUUGUAGUCAGAACAAAUUCUUCUUACACAUGCUUUGGAUGUGAGACCAUCAGUGACUCAGCACAUAGAUCCUCCUAUUUUAUAAAAUCCAUUAUUUUGCUCUGGAAUAUCUGGCCAUUAGCUUAUUUUACAAAGAUGAUCAUCUUGUAGGCUCUGUUUAGCUGCCACUAACAUAAGCAGUGUUUGUGCAGCUAUCAAAGAAUAUAUACAUACACAUAGCAGUAUAAACCUGUAUUACACCUAAUGUAUACAGCUUUGUGAAUUGAAUGCACUGAGCUAUGAUUAUAAAAAUGGUGGUACGUUUUUUAAAGAGACAUUUUUCAGAUUUACUAGAUAAAAGAAAAAAUACUGUUUCAUCUAAUUAAAUAUCUAAUGGUAAGGAAAGUGGCAGAAUGCUGCUGAACCUAGUCAUUUAUCAUCUCCUCUCAUGUGUCAGCAUUAUUAAAAUACUCGUUCCUGCAAAAUGAACUAAUGAGCCCUUUUUAUCAGCACUUUUAUAUACUAAUAUUGUAUGCACAAGUGCUGUUCUAAGAUUUUACCAUCUCACAAACCAUGAUUUUGAAAUUGUGCCUGUAGCAAGUGUUUGUUCUAAUGGAGCAGUGCUGCAACUUUGGAUGAUGCCUGCAGAGGAUCUGACUUUAUUUUCUGUAAGUCAAAGGUGGCCUUAAUGAAUGUAGUAGACUUAGAUAUGAAACCAGUGUAAGUAAGAAAUUAUGUGUAUUACCAAUUGCAAAUAUCAGUUAUGCAGACUUAAGGUUUUUAAUGUUUAAUUUCUUUUUCUGACAUUUUAAUAUCAGUCAAAAGCAUGCAGAAUAGUGGGGGGAAAAUGCUUCCUUGCCUUGAAGGUGCCUUAUGCAAUUCAGGAAGACCAGAGUAAUUUAGAUACUUUAUUGAAAGAGUCCAGGUGCUUAUGGGGUAAAAUCUGCAUACAACUUCCAUGUCUUACAGACAUGCAGCUGGCCAAAAUCAGUUUCAUCCAGAGCAGGCUCUGUGUCUCAAUGCACUUUCUGUUUGCAAUGGAGGAUUCCUGGUGCAGUUGUUUUAACAGCUUACCAAGGGCCUGUCAGGGCUUGCUAGCUCCUGUGCCAUGUCAUCUUCAAGCAUAUGUAGGUAGAACUCCUUGUGUACACCAACUGCACGCCAAAUCUGGGAGACUGAAUUCAUGAAGUCCUCCCUUCCUCUCCCAGAAGAUGGUGUGGCAGCAUGAGGGUUGCUCCUGUGGGAAUGACCCUGUGAAUGUGUCUGAGUUGGCCAGCAAUGAGACAGUGUUUGCUGUGGUGUCUGUGACCUUCAGCCCCAGGGCUCUGAGGAGAGAAGGGCUUGUCCUGAGGCAGGGCAGUGCUGGGGGUGCAGCACAGGACCCCUGGCUGUGCUGCAGGCCUUGAACCCACCCCUAUUGAUGGCCACGGGCUCAGUGCAGGGCCACCUCAGAAUCCCUGCACUGGGAGCUGCUGUCUUCCUCAUUGCACACAUAAGCUUUUCCUGCCUUCUCCCAAAUGGAGAACUUUGUGUGUGCAUGAAGCAGUGUUUGCUGUUACUGCUUAGAUCCCAGUUUUAUGGCAAUAUGGUGCAGUCUUGUAUCAGUCAUAUAGCCUAUGGUCCUAGAAAGUGCCAGUGAUCACCACUGGGGGAGGAAGGAGGGAGGUGCUCAAACAGCCCAUGGCUCAUACAGGGCUCGUAUAGGAGGCUUUGCCUUCUCUCUUUAUAACCUGUACCACUGUAAGUAGUAAAAUGUGCCCUUUAGGGCAUUGCUUUUCCCCAUCCUCAUCCUGACCUAUCUCCCUUUCACACCAACACCAAGGCUUCUCCUCCUUCUUAUCUCACUUUCAUCCCUGUGUCCUUUGGAUGAUAAUAUUAAAUUUUGCCAGAAUUACUGAAAAUCCCAGACUGGCCUUUGAUUUAUAAGAAUCUGUGUUAGAAAUAAGCCCAGCUGUUAAGAGAGCUGUAUUUUUGCCAGCCUCUGGAUUGUUGUGUCUGCCCAUGUUGGCUAGUUUUAAAUGCAUAGUAGUAAAGGACAUACUGAAUUAAUUCCUGUGCAGUGACCCUGUAGUUGCACAGCUACUGAAGUCCUUAGUGGCUCUUUAUUCUCAUAUGUAACAUCUAUUGCCCAGAAAGAGUUAUGGUUCUCACAAAGGAAAAGCCAUUUGUUUACCUGGUUUUCUUGAGACUUAGUGUGUCUGACUUCUUAGGAGCUGUUCUGUGUAUUGGGCAGAUAAUUCAUGUGCAUGCCUGUAAUUGGAACAAAAACCAUGAAAUUUUGAACAUGAAAGUAAAUUUCAUUUAUUUCUAAACUUAAUGUUUGUGGGAGAUUAAAUUAGGCACUGUUUAAAAAACACAGUAAAAUAUUUCUACAUCAGAAAUGAAAAAUCAUCCACUAAAUAUUUUCAAUAUAUUUUAAAGCAAACUUGUAAUCAUUAUAAUGUUUCACUGUGGGCAAAAUUUAGACCAGGGAAAAGGGAGAAAAUUCCAUGUAAGAGAAUUCAUAGCAGACCUGAAUUUGGUUCUUUGCUUCUCAGCUUUUCAUAACCAGAAGUUCAGAGGAGUGAGAGUCCCCAGUUUUCUCUAUCCCCAUGCACUGUAAUUGGAUACAGAUAAGAACCAUCAUACCUGGAGAGGAGGGGAGCUCAGUUCUGAUCAGUCAUUGACCUUCCAGCCGCAGUCACUGCUGAUGGUCCUGACCUGUUUUUCCAUGCUGUGUUUGGGUCUCUCGAGACCGGUGGCCUUGGCAGGGGUUGGUACACCUGAGCUUGUGAAGUCCCGUCAUAGUCACUCCAGAUCUGCAGAGAGGAUCAGGAAGGAUGGGAGACAAAAGAAACCCUAACUUUUUUUUUAAUAUGUAUAAAAUUGUCUACUUGACCCUCAUAAUUGAUUUUGGCAGAAGGAUAUACUUUAUUAUAACUUAUUUUGUUGUUAUUUGUAAAUACAAGAUGUCUAUGGGAAAUAUGUAAUUCUGAGCUAUGGAACAAGCCACUGCACCAAAAUAUUUCAAAUAUUUAGAAUAGGCAGAUUUUUUAUUAAAAGGGACCUAAUAUGUAUUUAUUUACAUAUACCGUUCAAAUUUUGUCCAGCUUUUUCAUUAUACUAACCCAUGUUUUUAGGGAAUUUUAUAGCACAGGUAUUACAUAUAUAUUUUUGUAUAUAUGUCAUACUGUAAAUCCAUAAUACAAUUUUAUAAACUUUCUGAUUAGCCAGUUCCUUGAGUGAAUUAAGGGGGGAGAGUAUAGGCAAAUUGCUUUCUGACUCGUUCAGGAAUAUAUAUCCGUGGCAAUGUACCUGAACCAGAACUGUACAGCAUCAUUUUCAUAUUGUAUACAUUUUCUCUUUGAUGAAAAAAUGUUAACUAUUUUUGUUUAUGACUAAUUUAUUUUUUAUUAUUGUGAAAAAUAAAGUAACUCGAGAUGAAUUUA